AUGCAUCCCAAGCAGACUCGCAUCUUCUGGCUCCAGUUCUUCCUGGUCUGGACCUAUAGUAAGAAUGCCUCUUGCAGGUACACACUGCUGUGGGUCAAGACAGCGCACUUCAUAAGAUGGCCCCAUUUGCCGUUCCCACCGCUGACAGACCACAUCACCCUUCCACUCUUUAUUCGGGCCAUUGGCAAUGUCACUUUAAAGAAGCAGUGUGUGCCAUUCCGGCGGUAUAAUGGUGGAGUCGGGAGGUGCGCCCAGGCCAAACAGUGGGGCUGGACUCAGGGUCGGUGGCCAAAAAAGAGUGCUGAAUUUUUGCUGCACAUGCUGAAAAAUGCGGAAAGUAAUGCUGAGCUUAAGGGUUUAGAUGUAGAUUCCCUGGUCAUUGAACACAUCCAGGUGAAUAAGGCACCUAAGAUGCGCCGACGAACUUACAGAGCCCAUGGCCGGAUUAACCCAUACAUGAGCUCCCCCUGCCACAUCGAGAUGAUCCUCACUGAAAAGGAGCAGAUUGUUCCAAAGCCCGAGGAGGAGGUGGCACAGAAGAAGAAGAUAUCCCAGAAGAAACUGAAGAAACAAAAACUGAUGGCACGGGAAUAAAUUCUGCAUAAAAUAAAUGCAGAUAAAAGUAAA